AUGUCCGUUUUGGUGAAUGGGAGUCCUUCUAAAGAGUUUGUGGUGGGUAAAGGAUUGAGGCAAGGAGAUCCGUUAUCACCUUUUCUUUUUGUUUUGGUGACAGAGGGGUUGGCGAGGUUAGUGAAGAAAUCAAUUUGCAACGGGAAAUACGGUGGAUUUGCAUUUAAUGCAAGAUGUAAGAUGGAUAUUCUUCAAUUUGCGGACGACACUCUUUUGGUCGGUGAAGCAUCUUGGAAGCAAAUUUGGGCUAUUAAGGCAGUGUUGAAAGCGUUUGAAUUGAUUUCGGGCUUUGGUAUAAAUUAUCACAAGAGCAAGUUGAUUGGUAUUAAUGUUAAUACUCAUUUUGUGGAGGCCGCGGCUUAUGUUCUCUCUUGUAAGAUUGAAUAUAGUAAGUACUUUUAG